UAGAGUUAGGAAAGGAUUAAGGUUAAAGUUAGGCUAAGGGUAGGAGUUAGGGUAUGGGCGUCGCAACGAUUCCGUAUAGCACCAACACUCUGAUUAGCUCAGGAAAUGUGUCUUUACUGGCGGGUGAGGUUAGUAUUCUAAUCGUCCCUUAGCAACUCGUCUCUAACAAGAUACAACACAGGCAGAGAAAACAGCAUUGCUGGAGUGGAAAAUGGAAUAUGGAUUCAAUCAAGAGGAGCGUGUAUUUUCCGCGAAGAAGAUCCAGAAAUACUGGAGGUCUCACCAAGACAAAAGACUUUUCCAGCUGAUGUCGCUCACUGUUCGUGCUGCUGAGCACUGUCUUGCACCUGCUAUUCUCCGCCAACUCAGUCCCAGAGAAGCUGAUCUGGUCAGAGAUCCAAGCAUGCACUGCAAGGUCAGAUUCAGAUUUUCAGGUUCCCAGUUUCCUCCAGUGAUUGUCUUCAAGAUCUUCCACCUUGGAGGAGGAAGACAAUAUAUUUCUGGGAAAAGAGUGUUCCGACCAUCUAAUCAGGCCACAACAGACACCUGCAGGAUGAUGGGAAAUAGGAUAUUCAUCAAUCACAUUAUUGCUGAUGAGAUCCAGAGGCAAGGGAGAAUGAUUUCUGACACGUCUUAUAUCACCUGUAUGAGGGACUUUAUGCAGUACUCAAGUCACCUUGACGAGCUACCUGCAUACCUUGGAGGGCGAGAGAACACUUGGAGGUCUCUCUCUCUUCAAGGACUGUCACGAAACAUCCUACAGUGGGAUAGCUUGGAGGUGGGCGGGAAGGGCACUGUGGCAGACAGGCUAAGGCAAGAGCUGCUGCUGUUAGCGCCUCAAAUUCCUUGCCCUCUGAUUGGAGGAGCAAUCCCACCUCGGAUGCUCAGGUCUCCUGCUGCUCCCCCCUCUUCUGUGGUUUCUACAGCACGCCAUGCCUCACAAACUGCCACUAGCUCCACCCCCCUCCCCUCAACUCGCCGCUCUGCCCGUGCACGCACCACAGCUGCCCGCAUGAGACAUCUGUAUAUCCUUGGGGGUACACCAAAGGAUGAGAAUAAUGAAACAACAGAGAAAAACAACAACCCAGAGAGAGGAGAGCAACAGAAAGACAUGGAAGGAAGUGUAAAGCCUGAAGCACCCCAGAUAGUUUGGCCAUUGGGAUUGGAGGAAGACUCCAGUGAGGAUUCCCUCUCGGAUUCUGAGUGGGAAGAGGAAGCAGAGAAACUCUGCUUGUGGACAAGACAGCUUUCUCUGGAUGAUAUGGACAAUGUGCCAUCCACCUGAACUAGAACUUCAACUUGAGCAAGACUAACCCUAACCCUAACCCAAAAACCAUCUUCCACUCCUAUGGCUGUUCAUUUUCUCUUCUCUUGCUUUGCACACAAAUCUAAUAAAAAUGCUUGUGUAAAUUACAGUGUAUUAGCCUACUGCCUCAACCUAAGGCCUGGGCUUUCGUGUUACAGGUGGUAGAGCAGUAGCCUCGUUAAGACUGGAAGACUGCGCCAUAAAACUAAGAUCAAGCCUGUCAGCUGUUCUCUCUCCCGCUACAUUUGUGGCAGUGAUGGGAUUAUUAUGGUGGCAUCACAGGUGCUGGAGAAGUACGUGUCACCUGCUAGCAGUGGGGCUUUGUGCAUGUGUGUCUUUGUGCAGG